GAAGAUCAUAUUAAAAAAGACCACAAAGAGCUUAAAGCUUUAAUAGAGACAAGAAAACUACUAAAAGAAGCCAAAGAACAGCAAGAAAAAGCAAAAACCAAGAGUUCUGGUCUUCUAGAAAUUGAUUUUAGUCAAAACAACCUAUAUAUUAACCAGGAA